CACCACGUGCCCACUGCGUAGUCUUGCUGCGUUCGCAUCCUUAGUUGAAUGUUUGUAAGCGUAAAACUCGAAAGUGUGCCGACGGCGGAGUGCAAGCGUGUCUAUACGUGUACGAUCCACCGCCUUUGCCCGAGCCACUGCAAGAGCGCGCUUUGUUUCCCCCCCGGACGGCAGCUCCCGAGUCAGUACUCAAUGUUUACCUUCCAGGCUGUCUUGCAAACGCGGCCUUCUUUGAAAGUGCCCGUCGGCGCGCCGCACGCGACCCUCGUCUGGCGACGAGGUGGCUGGCUCCGGCCUGAGAAGACGACGCGCGAAACCCGCGUCCUCUCCUCCACCUCCUCGCUAUUUGCCUUUCUCUGGCGGCUAACCGCUCGCCCAGCGCGGGCGUUAUUUGCCUCGCCGAGCGCCCGAAGAGCACUCCUUGAGCGCAUUAGGGCCUUGGCCCCGGGGCAUCAGCGGACCGGCGCCCAGCGCAUCCGUACGGCGGUAUUCCUUUCAAACACAAUGUUUUUAUCACCAAGACGUGUGAUAUCGUGAUGACGGGAUGCACAGAGUUUGAAGCACUCAGCCGAAAGUACUAUCUUGAAAUGCAAAACAUGUUGAACGAAUUGACAUCUCUAUGGCUGCUUUCAGUAGGACUUUGCUGCGGAGGAAAUAUUCCUACAUUGCCAAGGCCCAAGGUGUAUGGACACAUGUUGCCAAAACAGAGCUUGGAUACACGGUACAGACCAGUGAUGAAGAGAAUCGUCUUGUACCACAACUUUUUUCGCACCAGAGUUGAUCCACCAGCCAGCGAUAUGCUCGAAAUGACAUGGCACAAAGGAGCUGCUAAGGAUGCGCAGCGCUGGGCGGAAAGUUGCCAACUUCUUGUCCAUGACAACAGCUCGGGACGCUGGGUUGAAGAUUAUGGAUCCUGUGGACAAAAUAUCUUCGUGUCGAAUGUGAAAGUGCCAUGGUUUUUCGCCAUCAAGAUAUGGUUUCUGGAACAUCACAACUUCUCUUUUGGAGAUACAGGAAAUAACAUUCCUUCCGUGGUCGGCCACUACACCCAGAUGGUGUGGUACAGUUCGCACAAAGUAGGAUGCGGCCUUCAUUACUGCGGGCGCAACGUCGUCAAGAAGCCGUUCUACAACUACGUGUGCAAUUACUGCCCCAUCGGCAACUAUCCUGAACGCUUUGGAAAGCCGUACACAAAAGGUAAACCCUGCAGCAAGUGCCCAGGCCACUGCCGCUCCAAGAAAUUGUGCACAAAUGCCUGCGAACAUGCCGACUUCUGGGUGAACUGCCGCGAAAUCGCCAAGCACUGGCACAAGUGGCUGUGCGGAAACCCGUCCAAGGAGCAGUACAAGGCCUGCAGGGCGACGUGUUCUUGCAAGGAGCGCAUCAAGUGACCAGCAUGACACGGAUCGCGGAAGGCUUGGAGGUGUUUCGUGAUAGAGACAGGCUCGGCACCCUUCGUCUGAAGACCGAAAAAACUACAACCAAUGCAAUGGGGCCCAGUCGCACGGACUGCAUAUUCCAUUAAUGGCCAGCAUUUGGCGUCAUCCACGCGGUGCACACGUUCAACCGCGCAGCAUUAUCAGAUAGGGCAUGCGAAUGUGCGCGCUAAUUCUUUUUCCAGAGAUAUUUGGAACGGCAGGCUUGUAACAAGAAGGAAAUAAACCAGUAUUUCUAGUCGCAAAGCGAGAGGUAUACGUU